AGUUGCUGCUGGAAUGAACAUGUCUAGUAAAAGUCGAGAACUUCGAUGUUUCCAAACUACUUAAAAUCCAGACAGAGACUGCACACGUUGGUCGUAUGUAUCAAUUUAAAACACCCACCAACAGUCCGCACCUGUAACGUUAGCUAAAUUUCGGUUGGAAAGCACUGGUUUGAAUCUUGGCUAGCUAACGUUAACAGGCUAGCUGGCUAUGCAGGAAUGAGAGAAGGCUAGCUAGCUAACGUUACACAUCAAUGGCUCAUUGUAGCCCUUAUAAAUUAACCACGGUCUAACGUUAUAAAUAUGAUUAAGUGUUUGUCAAAAGAAGUUCAAGGUAAGCUUCGGUCUGGAAUCGCAAUAUGUUCAUUACAGCAAUGUCUUGAAGAGCUUAUUCUGAACAGUAUUGAUGCUGGUGCAACAUGCGUGGGUGUGAGGGUGGACAUGGAAGCCUUCAAAGUGCAGGUUAUAGACAAUGGCUCAGGGAUGGACAUACAGGAUAUGGAGUCUGUAGGAAACAGAUACUUCACAAGCAAAUGCAGUUCUUUAGAGGACCUAGAUAAUCUCAAAUUCUAUGGAUUCAGAGGAGAAGCUGUUGCCAGCAUUGCAAAUCUCGCCAUGCUGGUGGAAAUAUCAUCCAGGACCAAAAUGUCUGUGAAGACGCAUGUGAAAGUCUUCAAGGAUGGUAACGGCUUGGACGUGUUUGAGGCUGAGACUACCCGCCCAUCUGCAGGGACUACUGUUGUUAUUUGUAACUUGUUCCACAACAUGCCAGUGAGGAGAAACAGGAUGGAUAGCGUGCUGGAGUUUGAACGGAUCAGGCAGAGAGUGGAGGCCAUUUCACUCAUGCAGCCCUCCGUCUCUUUCACGCUGAAGAAUGACUGCACAGGGACCAUGGUGGUGCAGCUCUCCAAAGCCCGAAACACUUACUACAGGUUUGUUCAGAUCCAUGGUUUAGGUAGGGCCCAAAAGCUUGGGGAAAUCAGCCACUCCCAUGCACAGUUUCAAGUAAGUGGUUACUUAGGACGAGAAGGCCAUUACAACAACACCUUACAGUUCCUCUAUGUGAAUGACAGGCUCCUUCUCAAAACCCGCAUCCACAAGCUGCUGAACCUUCUCCUGCGCAAAGUAGGUGGUUCAAGUCGGCAUAAUGACAGCCCUGGUACACCUCCUGCUAUUAGGAGCCCAAAGCAGAGAAGAGGAGCCGAGCUACAUGCAAUGUAUGUCAUCAAUAUCAUGUGCCACUACUCUGAGUAUGACAUAUGCCUUGAGCCCGCCAAGACCCUGAUUGAAUUCAAAGACUGGGAAAGUAUUCUGCUCUGCAUAGAAGAGGCGGUGAAAGCAUUCCUGACAAGAGAGAACUUGGUGUGUGAACUCUACCCAGAGGAUAUCCAGGACUAUGUUUGUCAGAAUGUGUUUAGUGGCCAAACAGCUAGCACAGACGGAGGUAAGGACUCCAUUGGCAAAGGUGUCCAAGCACACAUGGAGGGUGUUAUCCUAGAAUGUAACGUUGGAAGGACACUUGCAUCUGAAGCUGUUCAUAGAAGGCACACAGAAGAUGCUGACAAGAUAGAAAGUGUUUGUCAGACAUGUGAUGGAGUUGAAUCCGAGCAGGGUGACAGAGUAGGCAAACUAGGGGACAAGGAGGUCCUUAAGGGGUUUGAACAAGAGCAUAAUACCACAAACCCACAAUGUCGACCAAGCUCAGUAGACACAGACCGAGAAGGUCUACAGUAUGAUUCAGUUACAGAUUCAUCAGAGUCUUAUAAGGACAUUACGAAAGAGAAUGAAAGCAAUGAACAUCUGAAAUCUGCUAUUUCUUGUCCUGAAUCAUCUCAGCAUAGUCUUAUCUAUAAGACAAAGAGUGAAAAUCUGAAAAUGAGUAUAGAGGAAGGAACAGAGAUGAAGGAUAAUGCAAGAGAGCAUGUUUUCCUCUCAAGAUGCACUGUGAGAGCACCAUGUUCUCUCACUCAGGGAAUCCAGUCAGAGACGGGCUCUAUCAAACAGACACUACCUCAACCACAGGACACAGAACUGAAUCCAGGUGGACACAGAAAAAUCUUUCUAUCGGAUCCAUACAUUCAUAGCAGUUUACCCUCUCAGAAAUGUCCGUCCCACCAGAGUAGACAAGGGCUAGUGUUAGAAUCUAGAGAGAAACUUGCAACAAAACGAAAAUGGCCUAUGGUGGAGGGCCCAGGCCAUGUUCACGUUUAUGACAGAGAAAGUAAGGACCUUCCCACUGGCAUCCCCUCAAAGAUUUCUAAGUUCAUGUCAUGUCAAAAGCUGGCUUUAUAUAAAGAGGCUGGAUCUCUGGACAGGUUCAGAAGAAUAUACGGGAAGCCUACCGAAUCCAAACCACUUCCUGUCGAUGUUAAUAGCAAUCAUUUAGCAAUUGAUGCCACACCUUCCCAGACAGAACACUUGGUUAUGAAUGCUAAGGCUGUUUUGCCCUAUCUUAAAGCGGAUCGAGAAAGGGAUGUCACAGAGUCACGUCCGGAUCUGAUGAAAGACCACAAAAGUCCAUUAACACUCCCCAUGUUUACCAAACUAAGACCUCUCUCCGCUCAGAGCAGGAGCAGUGAAAUAUCUUUGGCUGCUAAACUCUCUCAUUUAAAACACCAAAGGACAGAGGUUGCAAGCAGUGCAUUUGUACAUCCUCCAGAGAGUACUUCAAAUGAGGAUAUAUGUCCCCAGGACACUGUAGAAAACAAUGCUAUUCUAGACAUCAAUGAUGGAGAACAACACAAUGACACUGACCUGAAUUGUGACUUCAUCCCGGGCUGCAAUACACAUCCUCUGCCAGAUGAAAAGGAAGAGGACAAUGUAACAGCAUCAAGCGAUUGGCUACAUCACUAUGACGACACUGUGGGGAAGCUGGUUUACAUCAACAAAGUGACAGGACUCAGUAAAUAUGAAGCACCCUCUGCUGAAGAGACACAAGUGUCCUGCACAUCAGAUGUCACCAACAUGGCAAUCAGUGUCAUCUCCAAAAAAGGUAAGAACUUUUGUCAUGUAUUCAUCAUAUCUGUCUAACGCCUACUUAUAAAGUUUAGACCAUUAUAUUGUUUGGAUCAAGUUUGACAGUAGCAAGCUAUGUAUGAAAAGUGUAUUUAAGGAUGUAUGUUUGACUAUGAGAGGUGCUUGUGUUAGUGUUUACUACCUGGCUUUCCUUCCUUCCCCUGCAGGGAUUGAGUACAGGUGUUACCCAUUUCAGAUGGAUCUAGUCUUGCCCUUCCUUCCCAAAUCAGGGAGCGUUCUUAGUUCAGGGCCUGACAAUGGAGGUACAAUGGAGGUUUCUGUCAAAAAUGUAGAUCAGAAUGCUGCAGUAGACUAAGUGCAUAUUAACCCAUUUUUUAUAUUCUUUGUAAUCUUAUCGUUUUUAAUUUUUAUAGGAGAUGACAUUCAGGACUCGAAUUCACUGUCCUCCCUGUACUCUGAGUGGACUAACCCUGUGUUUGCACGACCUCCUGUGGUAAGCCAAAUUCUCUCGCUUCACUCCAGAAUGUACAAAUAGACUACCUGCCUCAGUCCAGAAAUUAAAUACAAUUACAUUAUUUAGGGACUUUAUUUUCACAUGUAGAAAUUGUGGGCUGUCUUGACUGACAUUUUUGUCCUUAAAUGUGUGUUGUCUUUUCAAAAUAUAGAAGCGCAAUAUUGCUUAUUUCAACAACCCAUGUCUUGCCAGGUUGGUGUGGACAUAUCAAGUGUGCAAGCUGAAGGACUGGCUGUGAAGAUCCAUAACAUCCUCUUUCCAUACCGCUUCUCCAAGGACAUGAUUCACUCAAUGAAGGCAAAUAUCUCAUUACCCUUUGAUUCAUAUGAUAGUGUGUUGAUACAGUGGCUUUAUAUCCCACCAUAAAGUGAUUUCUAACACUAGCUAAAUAUUUGUAUCUCUUACCUUGUAGGUUAUUCAUCAAGUGGAUAAGAAGUUUCUUGCAUGUCUUAUCAACACACAAGACCAAGAGCCUGCGGCCUGCAGUGAAACUGAUGGUACAGAGAGAUAUUUUCAGUUUAAACAGUUUUAAGUCAUCAAUUUUUCUUUCUAAGUGAUCACACCUUUUGAAUUUCAGGGAACCUUUUAGUGCUAGUGGAUCAACACGCUGCGCAUGAGAGAGUUCGUCUUGAGAAUCUAGUUGCAGGUAAGACCACCACACCCUCAAUUGAAUGCAAUGCAGUUACAAAGACAAUGCUGAAAUACUCUGUAACAACAUGUUAAUAUAGUAUUGUUACUGUAGUAAUUACAGCAUUACCAAGUAGGAAUACAAGCAAUUGGUGUAAAGUGUAACCGCCCAUUCUGCUAUGUAAUGAUGCAGAUUCGUACGAGGAUGACCCAGAGGCACCGGGGGAGAGACGGCUGUGCUCAUCCACUGUAGCCCCACCACUGGAGGUCAGCGUGACAGAUGAGGAGCUGAGGCUGCUCGGGUCAGUACUUAGCUGCCUCUAAGACAAGCGGUCAGAGGAACUCUGUUGACCAUCCAAAAGAGAUGUAGUUGAUGUGCAGUUGGUUUUCCCAGCUGUUAACUAGAGAGAAUUGUCUCAACUGCUUAAUUUGGAGCGAGGGUCUAUAGUGGCUCAUUAUUGGUGGUGGCAUAACUUCUGCUCUGAUGAUAUGGAUUAGGGGGUGUUCCUUUCGACAGGUCCUGCCAGCCAUUCUUGAGGGGCCUUGGUCUGGAGAUGCAGUUCUCGCAGAUAGGCAAUCCCCAGGUGCUGGUGGGGAAGGUGCCAAUGUGUUUCACAGAGAAGGAGAGCAAUGAACUUCGCCGGGGGAGGCAUUCUAUCAUCAAGCCCAUAGUCGAGGUGAGAAUUAUACCACCUCUCCUCAGCAAAAUAAUUGCGCCCUAUAAUAUUUAAUUAUUGAGUCAAUUAUCACCUCAUUACUAUUCAUUUCCACCUCAUGCAACUGCCCUCCAGGAGUACCUUCAAGAGCAGAUUGAGGUGAGCAUGAAUACCGUCUGUGUACUCUUGCAAAAUCUUUAAAAGGAUAAUACAUUGUUUUCCAUGCUGCCUUGUUUGAAAGAACAAUCAAUAGGAUGAAUAUCGUCAAAUAAUUAGUGCUUGGAUAUGAGUUCAUUUCUAUUGGCCUGAUAUUUUAUUCCCUUCAUCUCAGUUACUGCGUUCAACUGGCAGAGUGAGAGGGACAUUGCCUCUUACAGUACUUAAAGUCCUCGCCUCCCUUGCAUGUCAUGGUGAGUGUCCUUUUUCAUUCAGUGGUCAUACUGUACUUUGUAUACGUUGCUCAUUAGUUCCUUAUUGUACAAUUAGUGUCAUGGUGAAGUAUUAUUGGUGUUGUGGCCCAAACAGGUGCAAUCAAAUUCAAUGACAGCCUAAGUAAGGAGGAGUGUUGCAGCCUGGUAGGCUCUCUAUCUUCAUGCCAGCUGCCCUUCCAGUGUGCCCAUGGCCGCCCAUCCAUUGCCCCGCUGGUAGACGUCCUUCACUUGAAUGACCAAGAGGUACCACUAUAGACAGACACUGAUUAAGGAUCGGCUUAAAGGAAAACUCCACCCCAAAAAUAUAUUUGUUGAUAUAUUCCCAAAAUGCUUUGCAUGUCAGCAAUCAAGUUUAAGACAUAACUUUUAAAAAUACAGAUGGUAUGAUGCAUUUAUACCUGCUGUAUUUCUGUAUUUUGAAAGUUAUAUAUCUUCAACUUGGUUGCUGACGUGCAAAACAUUUCGGGACUAUAAUCAAUGGACUAAUGAAACAAAUACCAAAAUAUAGUUUUUGGGUGGAAUUUUACUUGAACAGUUUAAUGAUGCUGUCACUACAGAUAUGUUAACAAAGUACAAAUGAGUCUGGCCCCAUGCCAAAUAAUAUUCUUGUUUUUCACAGGAACCACCCAAACCAAACCUCAGAAAACUGAGAAGAAUGUACAAAGCCUGGGAACUUUAUGGAAAUAGAUAAGUGUGCCUACAUUGUCAAAUGAUAAAAUAUUAACUUAAGAGAUUUCCCUCAUUAAAUGAGACUAAUUUAUUGUUAUUGCUGGUCUUUCUUUUAAUGCCGUAUAGUCUUUAUAGCUAUAUGAAAUACACCCAAAAUGAGAACAGAGUGAAAGCCUUUUUAAUCAAAAACACAACCAUGUACCUGACAUACUGGGGACAUUUUAUUUUCACAUAACAAUAGCUGAAUGUGUGACGAAGGCUUUGUGCACUCACUAAAAAUGUAGUGCGUUUCUUUUCAUACAGUUUUAGUAGAUUUACUACAACAUGAAAAUAGUAACAAUAUUGCAUGAGUAAAUCUCAAACCUAUGUAUGUAUGUUCUGUUGUAUUUAUAAUCAAAACAAAGAGUGCCUGAGAUGAGGCUAGUUUCACAAAUUGCA